UACAAGAAAUAAGACAGCUACAAGAAAAAUGGUUUUUAGAAGAAGUACAAGGAAAAAAGACAAGUCUAGCUCGCAACUUAGGUUUGUUCUGUGACACAAAUGGAAUCUUACGCUGUGACGGUCGCUUGACAUAUUCAGAUUUAACAUUUGAUGCAAAACAUCCAAUCCUUUUGCCAAAAGAUUGUGAAUUUACUGAAAAACUCAUAAAAGAGACUCAUGAAAGGAAUCUUCAUGUUGGGGUACCUCAUACCUUAAGCCUUAUACGUCAGAAAUAUUGGAUACCUCAAGGAAGAUCAAGGGUCCAAAAAACGAUAGGUAAAUGUCCAAGAUGUGUGAAACACGGAGGAGGUCCAUACGAACUACCCAAGACUCCUGCAUUACCGGUAGAAAGAGUAAAGUAUACAACUGCAUUUACUUACACAGGAGCAGACUACUUCGGACCCAUGACCGUAAAGACAGAAAACGGUCCAAGGAAAAGAUGGAUCUGUUUGUUUACAUGUCUAGUGAUAAGAGCAAUACACUUGGAAGUUGUUAAGGACCUGAGCACCAGUGAGUGCCUCAUGGCAUUUAGAAGAUUCAUAGCCACUAGAGGGGUGCCAGCACUUAUAUUGACUGAUAAUGCAACACAAUUCAGACUGCUAGGGGAAACACUUGCAGAUGAAGAAAGAUUCAAAACUAACUUGAAAUGGAAGUUUAUCCCCCAACUGGCCCCUUGGCAUGGCGGAGUAUAUGAAAGAUUGAUUUCUAUAGUGAAACAUUGUUUAAAAAGAACGUUGGAAAAGCACAUUUUAACUGAUAACCAGUUAUUGACAAUAAUGAAAGAAUCUGAGGCAGUAAUCAAUUCAAGACCGCUCACAUAUGUGGGAGCAAAUGUAGAUCACAUUCUCAAACCUGCAGAUUUUCUGACACCAGGAAAGUGUUUCAGUGUCGAAGUACUCACUGAAAGCUUACCAUUAUCCGGUUCACUUAUUAAAAAACAACUUAUAGAAGGAUGGAACCGAGGCAACAUGAUAAUGGCCGAAUACAAGGAAAUGUUCUUAAACCAGUACUUGUUGAGCUUAAGAGAAAGAUAUCGAAAUUCACCCAAACAAGCAAGGGUGAGGUGUCAGAGAAUUCCAAGGAUUGGAGAUGUAGUACAAAUAAAGGGUGAAGCCAAGAAUAGGGAAGGAUGGAAGGUGGGAACAAUCUCAGAAUUAAUCAAAGGAAAAGACGGUUUAUGUAGAAUUGCAAAGGUUAAAGUAGAAAACGGUGUAUUCACAAGGUCAAUAGCACAUUUAUAUCCUUUGGAAGCUGAUGAAGAUACGUCUUUCCAAGAUCCUAUCAGAACAUCCUUAGACAAUGAAGCUAGAGGCGUAUGCAUUAACUUAGAAGAAGAAGAAUCUCAGACCUUACCAUUGAGAACUAAUGAGACUCAGGCGUACGACUCUACAAGUGCAGGAAGUUCUGAGGACAAUCAUAAAAAUUCAAAUAAUGAUAUCGAAAAUGAAUUAAAUUUAAAUGACCACAGUGAAUUGUUGAUAGAUUCAGAUUUGACACAAAGAGAGGAUACUGCUCCAGUACAAACUCCCAUUACUGACACAGAAUCUGACAAUGAAGAAGCCUCGAGUCAAGCUGUUGAUUCAGGUGCUCAACGCAGAACUGCCGCGGUCCAAGCUAUGCAAAAAAUUCAUAGAUGGACGCGAGAUUUGAUGUCAGCCAUAAAUUAAUUUCUGAGAGGCGGGAGUGUCGCGAAACACGCGAUGAUUGUAAAAAUUGUAAAUAGCAACAUUAUGAAGAAAAGAAAAAAUAAGUAAAUUUGUCUAUGGAUUGGAGAGAUGACUACCAUUAGCUGUUAAUGAAAGGCUGCGAUGGUUGGGGACCUUCGGAGCACUGUAACAUAU